AUGCCUCUUCCGGUCCUUGACAGGUUUUCUGCUCCAGCGAGGAUUCAACGAUUGAGCAUCCUUGCCCUCACGACCAUCCUCCUUAUAGUUUUCUUCGAGAGUUCUUUCUUCCCCAAGGUCACGGUACCGAACCUCCACAAGGAUUACGAUCGAUCCCGGCCAGAAUACUACCUCCGAUGGGGACCUUUCGAACCAAUGCAAAUCCCGGGAUUCGUCAAUACGGGCCUGCCGGGGAAAAGAUCGUGUAACACCUUGAAGUACAACUCGACCGUCGGGGUGCAAAAGAGUCUCUACCUCAACGAUGACAUCAGACAGAUUGCCACAGCCCUCGAUUCGCACCCCGUUGUCGACUACCCGGACGAUAUGAUGGAUGAUCCGAAUGUGAGAGUGACCGAUAUUGUCGAGAGCACCUGGGCUCGACUCUCCGGGUCCAGCGUGUGGUUGCCCGAGCAGGGGGUUUACCUGUCCGUGACUCAAGUCAUCUUCUGCCCCACUCGAAUUCGAUCGAUUCCGAAGAUGAGCUUUCUCCGGGGCCAACUGUUCAAUGCGGAUUGGGAACAUCUGGAUAACUACAACCUGACAUGGGGGGGUCAAGAACUCAAUUUCCCAUUGGUCUUCGACAUCCCCGCCCAGUGGGAACAAGAUGGAAGCCUGUAUGGACCUGAAAAUCCCCGAAUUAUCUUGGAGGACGGUGUCAAAGGCGCUGAACCGGUCGUCAUCUUCGACAUGAUUGCCAAGCGGUCUGACUGGAAGCGAGCAAUGUAUAUCUUCCGACCAUUUAGCAACUAUUCGACCAUUCUGACCAUUCGAGAUGUUGAACGACAAUACACCGAGAAGAACUGGGCGCCCUUCUUUGUCCCCCAGGAGGAAGAGGUGGCACCGUCGGUCGUCCGCAGGCCCAACGAGUACAUCCAUUUCGUGUACAGCUUCAAACCUCUGCAGAUCUUGAAAUGUCAUCUACGCUGUGGAGACUGCGAAUUUGCCUACGAGCAGAGUGUGCCCGAGGACUUCAUGGACCAACAUCACGAGGACGGUGGCAGUUUGCAGGGUGGGACCAACUUCGUUCCAGUUCCCCUUCCUUCCAGCAUGAACGUUGACUCCAAAGUACGGGUGUAUGCGGCUUUUCCCCGAACGAAUAUUGAACAGCAUUGCGACGGCAGCUUUGAUCGACCGGAGUUUGCGGUCAUGAUCAACAUUGAAAAACAAUUCCACCUGGCCUUCGCCAGUGAGUCGCUGGAUUUUGGUAAUGCCAUCCCUGAGCGGAGAGCGGAAGACGAUCGUUGUGACCAAGGCCGAAUUCUCAUUCUCAACAGUGUCGCUCACUGGAAUACCAGCAAUGGCCAGGAUGUCAUGAGUGUCACAUUCAGUGUCAACGACGAAACGGUCCAGGUUGCUCGCGUGCAGGGCCUGCUCAGCCUUAUCCGUAAUCUACCUCAAUUCGCGGACUUUUUGAAGAAAGACGGUCUUCGUAAGGGUGAUGAUUCAGAUCCGAUGAAUUUGUUGUCGUCAUGGGUUGGCGAUGAUGUCCAUGGGUGCCUGGUCGAGGCCGUAUUGAAUGACACUGUCGCUGCACAAGAGAUUACGCGUCCGAAAGAAGACAAGGAUGAGGAGCUCGACACGUCUAACGAACUGAUGUACGAGAUCCACCAAGAGGAAGAAGAAGAAGAAGCAGCCAACCCUAAAGAAGAGGAGAGCAAGGAUGUUCUUGGACCGCUUCACCAAGCGGAAACCGAAGGUAUUCCUGAUUUGGAGCAAGGGCCCGAGGAAGACUUCGAGGGAGCUGCCGGUGACGAGCAAGAUUUCGAGGAUGAGGAUGAAUUCGAGGACGAUCCGAAGGGAAAGGACGAAGACCAAACUUUUGAGAAGGAUGAAGAGAGGAGAGAUGACAGCCACGCUAAACGACAUUUACGUCGACAUCAGCGUCAACAUCGUAGAAUGAGGCCUUGA